AUGGUCGAAAUCGGCUGCGGAGAUGUUAAACACGCAGACAUUAUUGUCGAGCAGGAGAAUCGGAUCGGGAUUGUCUCAAAAGGUUUGGAGGAUACAGGAUACAUCAAAAGAAGUAGACAAAGUCAAAAACCGACAGUAAGACACGAGCUUCACAGGACAAGAUGGAUGCAGCUUCCCGGAAAAGUCGUCUUCGUUGGGAAAGACAGCCGGUAUUCCAUGAGGUUGGUCAAACUUUUGUGGUGGAUGGUGAGGAAAAAAGUAAGGAGAGAUUUGAGGGAAAUUGACUCAUUGUGGUCAUUACGGUUCGGCAGAGAAUCUGAGGCGAUGAUUGGGAUAUCGACACUGUAG